UUCCUCCUCCUUCAUCUUCUUUGCGAAAGGAAGAUGUACACAUCCUCCAGUUCAGGUAGGCCGCCGAAAACAAGGAGUCAAUGGAGUGACUUCUAUAUGGAUUACAAUGAGGAGAAGAAGAGAAAGAGAAGUGUACUGUCUGAGUCGGAUGAAGAUAAUGUGGUUGUGAUUGAGGACGAGGAAGAGGCAUGGAGAGGCGUGCAGGACAGGAGUGAUGAGGUGGCUUUUGAGAGCAGUAGUGACGAGGACAGGGAGGAGACCAGAGGUGUAGUACAAGAGAUGUCCUUCUUCUUUAAUAAGGGGAAGAAGAAGGAGGGCUUGAUAGAUGGUAUUGAGUUUUGGGAAGGUUCUGAUGCUAAAGAAAAGUGGCACAAGGGGAAAGAAAAGGAAAAGAGCACAAACAGAGCUUUUGAACAUGGAUUGAUGGGGGAGAGAAGGGCUGCAGCAGUGGGUUGUGGUAGCAGUAGUAGCCGCAUUCAAAAGAGAAGGAAAGCCCCCGCAGAAAUUGCUCUUGCACAGCAUGGAGUGAAGAAGAUGAAAGAGGCGAAGAAAGGCGCAUUUGAUGUCAGCACUAUUAAUAGGAGAAGACAGUUCACAGGAAUGGCUUCUGACCAGAGCAGGCAUGGACUGAAGAAGAUGAUGAUGAAAGCAACUGAGAGAGGGAAGGCAAAGGCUGCACUGGGUGGCAGUAGUGUGAAGCAGCGAAGAAUAAAUAAUAAUAAUGGCAAAAGGACAAGUCGUGAUGAUGAUGAUGAUGAUGUUAUCUUUCUUGGGGAAUCUUUCUCAGACAGCGGGAUCCCGUUUAGAACCUCGUCAGAGUCUGGGUCCAAGGUUGGAUCUGUGGGUGGAAGGAGCCCCGACAUUGGCACAUGCGGUGAAGUUGCUUCCUCAACGACCAAGACUAUGUUUAAAGAAGCUGUUUUUGGCCCAGAGGAGGAUUAUUCAGAUGCAUCAUCAUUGGAAUCCAGAGAUUCUGAAGAAGAAGAAGAAGAAUGUGAUGAUUCUGAAGAUGCAGAUUACAAGGACAAUGCCUUCUCUUCUUCUUCCUCUUCUAGCUCGGGUAUGGAAGAAGAAGAAGAAGAAGAAAAUGUCCCCAAAACCAAGGCAGCUUCCAAGAAACACAGAAAUAAACGAAAAAGGAAUGAGAAACAGAAAUCUAAACAUACUGAGAAAGAUUCUGCUCAGAUCCUGCAAACUAAACUACAUUCCGAGAAUGAGAGACAUAAACAAAAAUGGUUUGAUGAAAACCAGAAGCACAAAAGUGCUAGGGAGAAGCAAACAUCUGAGAAAAAUUCUGAGAUCAUCAGGACCAAAUCAGCAGCAGCAGCAUCCAAGAGAGAUAAAAAGAAACGAAAAAAGAUUCAUGAGAAGAAGAAGAAGCACAGGAGUUUUGACCCUGAGAAUGAUGAGGAAAUCUUCAAAACCACAGAAACUUCCAAGAAGGAAGACAAGGAGAAACACAAAAAGAUUGAUGUGCAGAAGAAGAAGCACAAGAAUCUGAGUAGUUGGAAAGAUGCUGAGUUCAUCAGAGCUAAAGCAUCUUCCAAGAAAUGCAGGGACAAACACGGAGGAGGGAGUGAUGAGAAGGGGCACGAAAAGUUUGAUGAUGCUGUGGAAGUUGCUGAAAUCCUCAAAACCAAAGAACAUUCCAAGAAAGACAAAAAUAAACACAAAGGGGCUGGUGAGAAGAAGCACAAAAGUUUCGUAGAUGGCAGGCCAGAUUCUGAAAUAAUCAAAACUAAAAAAACUUCCAAGAAAGAAAGAGACAAGCACAAAAGGAUUGGCAAGAAGCACCAAAGUGAUGUUACCAAUGGCGAGAAAGAUGCUGAAAUCCUAAAAAAUGAAGGAACAUCCCAGAAAGACGGAGAGAGAAAACAUAGAGGGAGUGACAACAAGCGGCACAAAAAGGUUGGUGACGCUGAGAAAGAUGCUGAAAUCCUCAAAACUAAAGCAUCUUCCAAGAAAGAGAAGAACAAGCACAAAGGGAUUGAUGAGGAACAACAUAAUACUGAACAUGCUAAGAUAGAUGCUGAAGUCCUGAAAACCAGAUCGACUUCCAAGAAAGACAGAAAGAAAAAGAAAAGGAUUGGCGAGAAGCAUAAAGAGGUUGAUGCUGAGAAAGAUUCUGAAAAGCACAAAACUAAAGCGACUCCUGAGAAAGACAAAGAGAAACAAAAGGGGGUUGGUGAGAAGCAAAGAAGUGCUAGUUCUGGGGAAGCAGCAGAUUCUGGAAAACAAGAAGGGGUCGCUUCUCGCCUUAGGUCUCAUUCACACUCCAAGUCUUCUAAGAAGGAAGAAACACAAAGUAGUAGUAGUAGUGAUGGUUUGGGUGUUGGUUCUUCUGUUGGAGAGGUCAGGCAAGGUGGCGAUGAUGAUGAUUUGGAGAAAGAAAAUGAAGAAGAAAAAAAGGAUGUGGUUACCCAAACGACCGAAACGAGUAAGAGGAAGCAACCCCGGAGAAACCUUAACGUCAAGAACAUUCUUUUAAACACAAUGUUAGAGAACAAAGGCAAGUUUAAUGAGACAGUUCCCCUUGCUGAGGAGAAUAUCCCGAAGCAGCUACCAUUGAAGUUCACGUUUUAUGAAGACGAUGUGGCUCCUGACAAGGAAGAAUGGGAGUUUGAGAUUGACAAUCUCUUUGCAGAUUUUCAAAUGGGCCGUCUGCAAUCUGAGAUCGGGUCAACUGCUAAACCCGUGGUAGCAAACAAAAUUGCUGAUGAUGCACAACCCUGUUGGCAUCCAGAAGGGCAUCUUCAUAUCCUGGAUGAACAAAUCGGAAUCUUGUGCAAGCAUUGCUCUGUCGUGUUCUUGGAAAGCAAGCACAUAUUACCAGAAUUUGCGAAAAGACCAACAAAUUGCAGGAGGAACGAACGGGGGAGAUUUAAUCAUCUCUACGGAGAAGCAGAGCAGUCAGCAGGGGAUAUGGAGCUAGAUAACAUGCCAAGGAACGACCCAACGUCCUCCUCCUCAUUUCACGGAGCUGGAACAGUAUGGGACCUCAUCCCCCGCCACAUAAAAGCCAGAAUGUAUCUCCACCAACGCCAGGGCUUGGAGUUCAUAUGGAAAAACAUAGCGGGCGAGCUGGUCCUGGAGAAACUGAAAGAUCUAAGCAGCGGUGGGAGAGGAUGCAUCAUCUCGCAUGCACCCGGAACGGGCAAAACGGGUCUCACUGUCGUCUUCCUCCAAUCAUUCAUGAAACUCUUCCCGCUGUGCCACCCCGUCGUCAUUGCCCCACGCAGCAUGCUUCUCACCUGGGAAAGCGAGUUCAAGAAGUGGGACGUCGACAUCCCUUUCCACAACCUCAACAGCCACAGACUGUCGGGGAAGGAGGACGUGGAGGAGGUGCACAUCCUUAGAAGGAAGGGGAAGGACAUGAACCGACUGCUGAAGCUGUAUUCUUGGGCCAAAGGGUCCGGAAUCCUGGGGAUCACGUACCGCCUUUUCGAGCAGCUGGCAGGUGGGACUUCAUGCGAGGAAGAAGACGAGAAGAUGAGAAAGAUCCUGCUCAAGUUUCCGGGGCUGUUGGUUCUGGACGAAGGGCACACCCCGAGGAACGAGGAGAGCCUCAUGUGGAAGGCGCUAUCCAGAGUGGAGACGCCACGCCGGAUCAUCCUCUCCGGGACUCCAUUCCAGAACAACUUCCACGAGCUGUACAAUACAUUGUCGCUGGUAUGUCCAGAGUUCACGGUGGGGUCCACGCCCGGAGGCGUCCGGUCUAGUGGCUCAAAGAAGAAACAGCAGCAGCAGCAGCUCAUGCGGAAAGGGAUCCGUAAAGGAAGAGAGAACUGGGCUUCAAUAACGGGGUCGAUCUUGAACACGGAAAACGAGAGGAACGUGGAGGAGCUGAGGCAGUUGAUUGGGCCGCUGGUGCACGUGCACAAGGGAACGAUAUUGCAGGAGAAGCUGCCGGGGCUGAUGAUCUGGCAGGUGUACUUGAAGCUCACCCCGACCCAGCAGAAGCUGCAGAACAUGAUCUCCAGCAAACACUUCAUGGAGCAGGACAACUGGAUGACCCUGAUAUCCGUGCACCCUUCGCUGGCCCCAGAGGGCGAGGCGCGGGGGGUGGAUGAGCUGGACCCCGGUGGGGGGGUGAAGACGCGGUUCGUGCUGGAGCUGGUGAGGCUGUGCGAUGGGCGGGGCGAGAGGGUGAUCGUCUUCAGCAGGCUGCUGGAGCCACUGACGCUGAUCCGGAGGCAGCUCCUGUGUCAGUUCACGGGUUGGGGCGAUAGCCGGCAGGUGCUUUACAUGGACGGGAAGAUCGACGCCAAGUACCGGCAGGAGCGGAUCCGGUCUUUCAACGACCCCGAGAGCGAGGCGAAGGUGCUUCUGGCGUCGACGGCGGCGUGCUGCGAGGGGAUCAAUCUCAUCGGCGCGUCGAGAAUAGUUCUUCUAGAUGUGGUGUGGAACCCGUCCGUGACCCGGCAGGCCAUCAGCCGGGCUUACCGCCUUGGACAGACUAAGGUCGUCCACGUCUAUAACCUCAUCUCCUCAUCCUUCGAGGCCAAGAAGUACGCCUGCCAGGCCAAGAAAGACAGGAUGUCUGAGUUGGUUUUCACCGCUGACCAUGAUCAUGAGGAGGAUCAUGAUCAUGACGACCAGGACCAUGCCAUGCUCGUGCCCGCCGCCGCCGAUCAUGACAUGAUAUUGGACGCCAUGCUCGGGGAUCCUGCUUUGGCCACUAUGUUCCACAAAAUUGUGCGCCAGCCCAAGAAUCAGCAGAUGUUGUGGCCGGAGCCCGGACCGGAGUUAACUAACUAAUUAAUACAAGUAAUUCAUUGUUGGUACGACGAAGUAAUAUGAUACGACGUACAAGGCCGGACCGUUGCCGCUGUUGCUACGUACGUACGGGGUACAUUGAUCAAGGAAAAAUUAGUACGAAGUACUGAUUUUGACAUCUUUG